AUGGUAUUUGCUAUAAGCAUUGAUCUUUGGUUGGCAACUCGGCAAGAUGAAUUCGGUUUUGCUGAGUUUGGCAAUUUGCGGCAGUUGAAUGACAGUGCAUGGGCUAUUGAGCUCGAAGCUUGCGGCGAAGUUACUGAAUACAAGAAUGAAUUACUGGAGGAUCCGAAUAACCUUGGUUGUUAUGUUGUUGAUGGGGUUGGAACUUGGCGAUUGAUUGUUGGUCGAUCCAUUCGUGUCAGCGAUGAAGGAUUUGAGAAGCUGAGGAAAUUGUGUACAAAGCUUGUGCAUAGCCAUAAAUCUUCCGAUUCACAUUCUUUUAUUCUCUCCACUUUCUCUGUGAUGUCUCUCCCAAUUCUCACUCUCUUGUUCAUCGCGUCUCUCUAUAUCGCCAUUGGAGCAUCACUGCCAUCACCAUCUCGCACAGAACUCCCCCAACCCCAAACCCCCAAACCCCCAAACCCCAACCCCCAACCCCUAACCCCUAAGCCCCAAACCCCAGGACCCAGAUCGCAACCCCCAAACCCCAACCCUAACCCCAAGCCCAAGCCCAACCCCAAAUCACAAACCCUAAACAGUGAACCGCCUAAAAACCAUCUAAACCCCAAACGCAAAACCCAAAACCCAAAGCCCAAAACCCCAAAACCAUAA